AUGUCAACAGAAGUGGAUAAGCACAGGAACUCACUACAGCAUCAUAAAAAAAACACUUACUCUCCCUUAUUCUCUCCAAUUUCUACGUAUAGGUACUAUCCAGAUAAUCGGCCAUUUAGAACACAACUUGAAUCCAGAAGAUCGGCCAGUUCCAGCGGUGUUUAUAAAAGAAGAACCAAUACGACGAGAUUCAAUUACUUGAACGAUCGUCGCGUUUUAUCAAUGGAAGAAGCAAUCAAAGAUACGCCUGAGAGAACUAAUCAUGGUAGCUUUCUAGAAGGGCUGAAGGAUUCCCUUUGGAAUUCAGGGAGAUAUUUGUGGCACACAUUUAUGAAAAAUGAACCUCAUAACGACGAUAGAACCGAACUAGAUACAAAAGGUAACGCUAAUAGUGAAAGUUCCAGAAGCAGUAGUAGGAGUAGUAGUAAUAGUACGCGAUACGGUCUAAGAGAGGAGUCUCCUCUAAAUAUUAGAAAGCAUAAGUUUGAUACAUCAAUAUGGGUAUUACCAAGUAAAAAAAGAAGAAUCGAAUCUGAAGAUAAAAGCGUGCCUUCGAACUCUUCAGGUAGAUCCUCAGCUUAUCAAGAAGGUAGCAGUGAUAGAUAUAAUACUGUAACAUUCUCGAAAGAUCCUUUCGGUUGGAAUAAAUGGAAGACAAGUGCUAUUAGUUCUAGCCCAGACACUAAUAUUUUCGACCAAAAUAGCCAUAGUAGACCACAAUAUGGAACCGCUUUUAUUAGGAGAAAUAAAUUUGUGAAACAAAACAUCAACGAUACUAAACUUGUCUCAAGAGCACAAUCUGAAGAGGUGACGUAUUUACGACAAAUAUUUAACGGCGAAUACACGGUUCCAAAAAUACUAAAGGAUGAAAGAGCAAGACAGCUGAAAUUGAUGGAUAUGGAUAAGGCGAAAGAUGCCGGGCUGAAAAAUUCUAUAAUCGAUUUAACUGAAAAGAUUAAAGCAAUUCUAAUCGAAAAUAACAACAAGAAUAAAUUACAAGCAAAAGAUAAAGAUGAUGAUGAUUUGGUGUUUGUUAAAGAGAAAAAAGUUUCCUCUUUAGAAAAAAAGCAUAAAGACUACCUGAAUCAAAAAAUCAAAUUCGAUAAGUCUAUAUUAAAAUUUGAAAAAGACUUUAAGAAGUAUAAUGAGAUUAUAAAUGAAAGGAAAAAAAUUCAAGAAGAUCUGAAGAAAAAGAAAGAGCAAUUAGUUAAAAAGGAGUUAGUUCCUCAACUAAGCGAAAAAGAUGAUAUUCAAAUCGAAAAGGUUUUGGUAUCAAGAGAGAAUGCUCAGCUAAUGAACAGAGAUAACUUGGAGAUAAGUGUGCGUGAUUUUAAGACUUUAGCGCCCAAAAGAUGGUUAAAUGACACAAUUAUAGAAUUUUUCAUGAAAUACAUCGAAAAAUCGAAUGCUGACACAGUAGCAUUUAAUUCAUUCUUUUAUACUAAUUUGUCAGAAAGAGGAUACCAAGGCGUUCGCAGGUGGAUGAAAAGGAAGAAAACCCAAAUUGACAAACUAGAUAAAAUUUUUACACCAAUAAAUUUAAACCAGUCACAUUGGGCAUUAGGGAUAAUCGAUUUGAAAAAGAAAACCAUAGGCUACGUCGAUUCAUUAUCAAAUGGGCCCAAUGCGAUGAGUUUUGCUAUCUUAACUGAUUUACAAAAAUACGUUAUACAAGAAAGCAAACACUCAAUGGGUGAAGACUUUGAUUUAAUUCAUCUAGAUUGUCCACAACAACCAAAUGGUUAUGACUGUGGUAUUUAUGUUUGUAUGAAUACCUUAUAUGGGAGUGCGGACGCUCCAUUAGACUUUAAUUAUAAUGACGCUAUUAGGAUGAGAAGGUUUAUCGCACAUUUAAUUUUAACAGAUGCUUUGAAAUGA